AGGAAGACAAGUCCCGAAGUGGCAGCAAGUUGAACUGCGAUGGAGAGGAGAAGCCCGGAGCGUGUGGCUCUGCGUGUCCGUGUGCAUCAGCAGCACCAGAGGAAGUGGAAGUGGAGUUGGGUCUUUGUCCGGACAGAUGUAGCGACAACAUCCCAAACAAAAUGAGAUGAGCCCGUCUGCCUUCUGUGUGUUGGCAUUCAACUUGGCUAAACAAAAGAAGAAGAAGAAGAAGAAGAAGAAGAAGAGGGGAGGGGGACAUCUUGGAUUACCUUUCCUCUUUUCAACGCCAAAACCAGCCAUGGCUUCUUCCAUUCAGCGCUUUGAGUAACUAACAAAGUUUAUUUAAGUGUUUUUGUUGUUUUAUCAGACCUGGAAAUGAGGGAAUUAAAACCUUUAAAAAAUGAAACAACAGGAGUGACACGAGCCACUAAAACAAAUCAAUCCUGACAAAUUAAUUGAAUUAUAACUUUUGGUUUAAUCUUUACAAUCUGAUCCACUAUCAGAGCAUAUUUUUCAAUCUUUGAGUAUUUUCUAAACUCCAAGUAAAUAUGGGAAGUUUAAGACAUUAUUUUACUAGUUUUGUUUUAUUUUGUAUAUAUAGAAAAGUCAUACAUUACUUCGGAUAAAAAGUAUUUUCAGAAGUGUGGAAAAUAGUAAACAUGUACUUUAUAUUGGAUGUUGAGAGUGAGAGCGCUUCCUCUGCCGCUUCGGGGCAUUUAGGCCCCGCCCAUUAUGCUAAUUAAGGCUCUCAUUGGCGCGUCGUGGAGAACGCGCGCUCUGAUUGGCCAGGUCGAAGCCAUUUAUUCUCUGACAGCCCAGUCACAUGAAUGGUUGUCUAUUAACUUGUCCAAAAACUAUCUGGAGUUGUCAAGGCUCAGGCGGACAGAGCGGCGAAAAAGUGCCGUUUGUUGAUGCUUUUUCCACCGAGCGGGAGAAGUUUUUGUGGACACAACGUCGCGGGGACCUUUUUGGGAAAAGCCUCUCUUGUCACACACACUCACACGCUGACUCUGUGACACACUCUCUGGUGGGAACAGGGAGAGAGAAGGGAGAGAGUGUGGAGACGCGACUUGAUGCUUGUUUUUGUCCAGAGAAAAGUUGCGGAGAAGAUCGACAGGUAACUUUUUCCCUCUCCUGCCUCCGUCUGCCUCCGGCUGCUGGAGUUUGUCUCCUUCCUCUUUUCGGCUCGGAAGCUCCCAACUGAAAGCUGUUCCUCAUGUAUAACAUGAUGGAGACUGAACUGAAGCCCCCAGCUCCCCAGACCAACACGGGGGGCACGGGCAACCCCAACACCCCGGGGAACGGCCCGAACCAGAAAAACAGCCCGGAGCGGGUCAAGAGACCCAUGAACGCGUUCAUGGUGUGGUCCCGGGGCCAGAGGAGGAAGAUGGCGCAAGAAAACCCCAAAAUGCACAACUCCGAAAUCAGCAAGCGGCUGGGCGCCGAGUGGAAACUUCUGUCGGAAAGCGAGAAGAGACCGUUCAUCGACGAAGCCAAGCGGCUGAGGGCCCUGCACAUGAAGGAGCACCCGGAUUACAAAUACCGGCCCCGGCGGAAAACCAAGACCCUCAUGAAGAAGGACAAAUACACCCUGCCCGGCGGACUGCUGGCCCCUGGAGGAAACGGGAUGGGGACUGGGGUCGGCGUGGGAGUGGGGGCCGGACUGGGCGGUGGGGUGAACCAGCGGAUGGACAGCUAUGCGGCCCACAUGAACGGCUGGACCAACGGCGGCUACGGGAUGAUGCAGGACCAGCUGAGCUACCAGCACCCAGGACUGAACGCGCACAACCCGGGCCAGAUGCAGUCCAUGCACCGCUACGACAUGAGCGCCCUGCAGUACAACUCCAUGACGAGCUCCCAGAGCUACAUGAACGGCUCCCCGACCUACUCCAUGUCCUACUCCCAGCAGAGCACGCCGGGGAUGACCGCGCUGGGCUCCAUGGGGCCUUCCUCGGUGGUCAAGUCCGAGUCCAGCAGCUCCAGCCCGCCCGUCGUCACCUCGUCGUCCCACCGGGCCGCCCCGGGCUGCCAGAGCGGCGACCUGAGGGACAUGAUCAGCAUGUACCUGCCGGGGGCCGAGGUGAGCGACCAGAGCGCCCAGAGCAGGUUACACAUGUCCGGGCACUACCAGAGCACCGUGCCCGGGACGACGAUCAACGGCACGCUGCCAUUAACACACAUGUAAGAGACUCGGAGCCCAUUAAGAUUAAGAGAAGAAGAAGAAGAAAAAGAAAAACAACCCGAACUUUUAUAAGAGAAACUCUGGACUACUUAACGUUGGACUAUUUUUGUACAGACAAAUUUCGGGGUAGGAAAAGUUGUAUAGAAGUCUCCAAGAAAAAGGAAACCGCUCUUUUUUCUCUCUCUCUUUCAUUUAAUAAGGAAGCUCUAGAGGAACCGUAGGAGACCCGCUUCACCGCCGGUGGAGUUUGGAAAUCUAGAAAGUGGGAGUCGCAAUCAAAUGUUUUAUUAUUGCAAUCACCUUUUGUACAGUAUUUAUCAAAGAAACAUUACAAUCAGAUGAAAUUGUUAAACUGCAAGAGGUUGCAAUUUUUAUAUAAAGCAACGCCAGUUCUGCAGAAAAUAUUAAAAGGUGAAAAUGGCAGAACUGGGAUUAUAUGCUCCUUAAUUACUGCAAACAUUGGAAAGAAAAGGGACAUAAGCAGGUAAUACUGUUAUUUUUUUUCUUUAAAAGUCAAUAUUACUAAAAAAAAUUUCAAUUUUCUUUUACAAAAUAUGACACUUUUUUUUCCUGUCAUAGGUUGUUAAUUUAUAUUUCCGUCUCCCACUUCUCAUCUGUUAGAGAUAUGACGCUUGUGCUCUUUAUUUUCUAAUUGAUUUGUACAGUUUCUGUAUAUUUACUGUGACAUUUUAAGUUUUUAUUUCCAGAUCCAUUCCCGUAGUUGUAUUUUUUAAAAGAAUUGUGGCCUGUUCGCAGAAGCCAACCACUCCAUGUACAUAUUACCGGAACUAAUACCAUCCUUAUAACAGUUACAAUUUCAGCUGAGUAUAUAUAUUUUUUUUCAAUAUGCAGUUUGAAAAAUGAAUAAAUUUUUUGAAAUUUGGA